AUGGAUGGGAGUCUAGGGGAGAUGUCCCUCCACACCCACUCUGAUCUGGCUCACAGCCAGGAUGGCAGGGCUAUGCUGCACUCCCGGGACCUUUCAGCUGCUUUCCCCAGGCCUUCCCUUGGGGGCUCCUCCAUGUCUCUGGAACCUGAGCCCCGUCCACCAGGCUUCGAUCACUCCAUGUCAGCGCUGGGCUACAGCGGCGACUCCCCAUCCAGCUCUGGCAGCACAUACACUACCCUGACCCCCCUGCAGCCCUUUGACGACAAGUUCCACCACCACCAUCACCAUCACCCCUGUCUCCCUGUCAGCAAUGUUAUUGGCAGCUUUACCCUUAUGCGUGAGGAUCGAGGCCUCAGCACCAACUUCUACAACCCUUAUGGCAAGGAACUGGCCAUGUCCCAAAGCCUGUCGCCUCCAUCCACAGGAUCAGGCCUGGGUUCCUCCAUGCAUGGCUAUGGAAGUCUGGGCAACAGCCCUAAUGGUAACGGCAGUCAGAUGCUCCCUGGUGGGUAUGAUGUACAUGGAGGUAGCCUUUUCUGCCGAACAUCGGAUUUUGGCCGAGAGAUGUCACCGCCAGGCCUAGGAGGAGGUGAUGUUUCAGUGGGGCAUCAGCUAAAUAAAAUGGAGACUCACCAGCAUGCCCCAGGCCAUCACCCACACAUCUAUAGCCAGCACUACCAGCCUCACCAUCACCCGAGCCAGCAGGCCACCAAGAUGGGUGACCACCUGCACUCUUCAUCGUCUGCUUCAUCCUCACCCAGCGAGGGCAUGCUGCCGGGCUCACAGGGCAGUGGAGGCAGCACUGGAGAGGAGAUCAACACCAGGGAUGUGGCCCAAAGGAUCAUCACUGAGCUGAAGAGGUACAGCAUCCCCCAGGCCAUCUUCGCUGAGAGGGUUUUGUGUAGGUCACAGGGCACACUGUCUGACCUCCUGAGGAACCCUAAGCCCUGGGGCAAGCUCAAGUCUGGCCGUGAGACCUUUAAAAGGAUGUCCCGCUGGCUCCAGGAACCGGAGUUUCAAAGAAUGGCCUCGCUCAGGCUGGAGGCCUGCAAGCGUAAGGAACAGGAGCAGAACAAGCUGGAGCGCAACCAGGGCCCGAAGCGCACCAGGCUGGUGUUCACAGAUCUGCAGCGGCGUACGCUUAUGGCCAUCUUCAGGGAGAACCACCGCCCAACCAAAGAGCUGCAGGUCACCAUUGCCCAGCAGCUGGGCCUGGAGCUCUCCACUGUCAGCAACUUCUUCAUGAAUGCCCGCCGACGCAACCUCAACAAGUGGGCAGACGAGGGCCGUCCUUCUUCCACCGGUUCCUCGGGCUCCAGCAUUUCCUCCUCCGCAGUGUCCUGCAGCACGGCGUGAUGGUAGACCGUCGCGGAGGUGCUGUGAGGAGGGCGCUGAGGGAGCAAGGGGGCACAUAGACUGGUCUAGGCAGAGAUCAGCCGUAAUAAAUGUCCUCCUCGUUAUCAGAAGGAGAGAUGGAGCCAGCUAUUAUAGAUGAGUUUAUGAAGAUGAAGCAUUUUUCCCAAACCAAAGGUAAUUGCUCCCUUGAAAAGGAAGGGGCAAUGCUUAGAGUGAUAUGAUUGCAAGAUGUGAGGUCUUGCCUGUAUAGUCAAGGGUGCAAAGAUGAUUUGACUCAAAGAAGAGUCACACCCUUACAUAGACACCAUCUCAUUGCAUUAUUUUGAUUAUGUAGAUUAGAGAUAAUGAGGGUAUUGCAAAUCAGGAGGAAGCAUAUUUUGGUGUACCUUCAAAUCUUUUCUCAUCUCUCCAAACGUGAAGAAUCAAGAGGUGUCGUUCGCUCACAUCUGGAGGGCUUCAUUGUGUAACUUCCUAAUCAAGUGAUCGCCAUCAUCCAAAGACAUUAAUCCUUCCCCGAUGUUAUUAUAGUCCCUUUAUUCCUCCAGAAUCAAGGUGAAAGAGGA